CAGCUCACCGUCUGCAGGUUGGGCAAGGGCUCGCUUGCUGAUUGGCUCGGGAGUUGACAAAUAAGAGUGGGAGGAGCGGCGCCUCCAGCAGAUGUCCAGAGCCGGGAAGUUGUGUAGAGCUUGGCCGCCUUAUGCGUGCUGUCAGCGGGCAGCGGACCCCGCACAUACCCCUCGCUCCCUCCGAGCUUUACAAACAUGCUCCCCACCACCGGCCGUCUCCUACUUCUCUUCCUGCCCGCCUGCCUGGCUGCCAAUCCGCGCACCGUCUUCUCCAACCACUGGGCAGUGAGGAUACCGGGGGGACCCGAGGUGGCGGCGGAGCUGGCUGCGCAAUACGGCUACCUGAGCCUUGGGCAGAUUGGAAAUUUGGAGAAUUACUACCAUUUUUAUCACAGCAGGACCAUAAAACGCUCCACUUACGCCAGCCGUGGCACACACAGCUUCCUCAGGAUGCAUCCAAAGGUUGAAUGGAUGCAACAGCAGGAAGUAAAGAAAAGGGUUAAGAGGCAUGUGCGAACAGAUCCAAACCUUGUAAACUUUAAUGACCCCAUAUGGCCAAACAUGUGGUAUCUGCACUGUAGUGAUAAAAGCAGCCGCUGCAGGUCAGAAAUGAAUGUCAUGUCUGCCUGGCAAAGAGGCUACACAGGCAAAAAUGUUGUAGUUAGCAUCCUGGAUGAUGGGGUAGAGAAGAACCACCCGGACCUUAUACAGAAUUAUGAUCCUCAUGCGAGCCAUGAUGUUAAUGGAGAUGAUCAAGACCCAAGUCCCCGCUACGAUGCCAGCAACGAAAACAAACAUGGUACUCGCUGUGCUGGGGAAGUAGCAGCAUCAGCCAAUAACUCGCACUGCAUUGUUGGCAUUGCAUACAAUGCCAGGAUAGGAGGAAUUCGCAUGCUUGAUGGUGAUGUAACAGAUGUUGUGGAGGCAAAGUCACUGGGUGUCCGACCAGACUACAUUGACAUUUAUAGUUCAAGCUGGGGCCCUGAUGAUGAUGGAAAAACUGUGGAUGGCCCCGGACCGCUGGCUAGAAAAGCAUUUGAAGAUGGCAUUAAGAAGGGCCGAAAAGGACUGGGCUCCAUCUUUGUGUGGGCAUCUGGAAACGGAGGUAGAGAAGGAGAUUACUGUUCCUGUGAUGGAUAUACCAACAGUAUUUAUACUAUAUCCAUAAGCAGUACAACAGAAAAUGGGUAUAAACCAUGGUACCUGGAGGAAUGUGCAUCUACCCUAGCAACAACUUACAGCAGUGGAGCCUUCUAUGAGAGGAAGAUUGUCACCACGGACCUCAGACAGGGCUGUACAGACGACCACACUGGCACUUCUGUCUCGGCACCCAUGGUAGCUGGUGUCAUCGCGUUAGCAUUGGAAGCAAACCCGGUGCUCAACUGGAGGGAUGUUCAGCACUUGCUUGUGAAAACCUCACGCUCUGUCCAUCUCCGUGCCCCUGACUGGAAAACAAAUGGAGCUGGGCGCAAAGGUCAGAAAAGAAUGUGGUUCAGCCAUUUGUAUGGCUUUGGUUUGGUUGAUGCCGAUGCUAUGGUGGUUGAAGCUAAAAAGUGGAGAACAGUCCCCCCUCAACAUGUGUGUAUAGGCGCAUCUGACAGACGGCCCAGGUUUAUCCGAGCUGUUCAGCUGAUCCGUACUACCACUCAAACCAACGCUUGUGUAGACAAUGCUGGACACUAUGUGGCCUAUCUAGAGCAUGUGGUUGUCAGGGUCACCAUAUCUCAUCCACGUAGAGGGGACCUGCAGAUCUACCUCAUAUCUCCAUCAGGAACAAAGUCACAGCUACUGGCUAAAAGAACAUUUGAUUCCUCAAAUGAAGGCUUCAAAAAUUGGGAGUUCAUGACUGUGCAUUGUUGGGGUGAAAAGGCAGAAGGUGAAUGGACUCUGGAAAUUCAUGAUUCCUCAUCCCAGCUGCGCAAUCCAGAAAUACAAGGGAAGUUAAAAGAAUGGACUUUGAUCUUUUAUGGGACGUCUGAGCACCCUUACAAUCAUAUUGGCACCCAACACUCAAGAAUAAGAACACUGGACAUUUCUGCCACUGAUCUGGAACCAUCAAAAUCUACUGUGAUCCAGAGUCACUUGGAAUUCAUAGAUGAAGAGGAGGAGUAUUCAGGUCCAUGCCAUCCAGAGUGCGGUGACAGGGGGUGUGAUGGGCCAACCGCUGAGCAGUGUCUUAACUGUGUUCACUAUAGCCUUGGAAGUGUCAAAGCUGGCAGGAGGUGUGUGAGUUCCUGUCCCUCAGGCUUCAUGGCGGAUGUGGCUGGCCGAAGAUGCCGGCGAUGUUUUAGAGGAUGCGAGGCAUGCAUUGGGCGAGGCCAUAACCAGUGCAGCUCCUGUAAGCGAGGUUUCUACCUCCAACUGGAUAGUAGCUCCUGUGCCUUCUCCUGCCCACUAGGGACUUAUGCAGAUGAAAAUCUAAAGAAAUGCAUCAGAUGUCAACAAAACUGUAAGAAAUGCUUUGGAAGCUCGGAUAAAUGCACUUUUUGCAAGGAUGGGUUCAGUCUCUUAGGAAGCCUGUGCGUACCAGAAUGUGAGCAAGGGACUUUCUACAAUACAGUUCUAAUGAAAUGUGAAAAGUGCCAUUCAUCUUGUCAUACAUGCAUGGGGUCUGGAAAGGAGCAGUGCACACAGUGUGCAAGAGACUUUCACUUACACGAGUGGCGGUGUGUCCCUGCCUGCAGCCCAGGCUUCUAUUCUGAAGAUGUUCCAGGGCUGCCCCACAAGGUGUGCAGACGGUGUGAGGAUAACUGCGUAAGCUGUGAGGCAAGUGGAAGGAACUGUGUGAGGUGCAGAGAAGGCUUUAGCCUACUUAGUGGAUCUUGUGUCUCUAAUAACACUUGUAACAAUGCUGACGAGAUGUUCUGUGAGAUGGUGAAGUCAAGCAAACUCUGCGAGCGGAAGCUCUUCAUCCAGUUUUGCUGCAGAACUUGUCUCCUAGCUGGAUGACCCUAUCCACCACGACUCUACCCACCAUAGACUGCUUGCAGCUCUCUACUUUGGGUGGCUGGUCUCAACAUCUGAUAAGCCCAGAAUGUACUACGAGCCCCACUCUAUUUACAACGGUGCAAAGUUUGACUCACACUGUCGGUGCCAGACGUAUUUCUAGUUAUGAACAAACUCUUCAUCUUAAUUUUAAGUUUGUGUAUGUUACGUCUUUGCUUUCUUUAGCACCAUUUUGUCUCCUAUGACUAAAUAUGUCAGGACAGGCUUGGAAUGAUUUCAUUCUAAAGAAAGUAUCAGAAUAUAAUGCCAUUUCACCAAUUUCUUCUAGAACCCACUGCAUUGGCCUUCAGGCUGCCAUCAAAUGACAGAUGUCCAUGGACAAUCCUUUCAUUUCUGUUCUAGUGGGUAAAGAACACUUUGAAGGGGACCCAUCCUGCUGGGGACUGGGAAAGCCUUGAAUAUCUUCCUAUACAAGAGCUUAAUAUACAAUCCUAGACAUGAAUAUUGGUAUGUGGCCAAAUGCUUCAAGGGGUUAAUCACAGAGCCAACUCUACACUUGGAUCCAUUCUCUCUUAAACAGGGCUGAUCACAGUAAAUUAUAAGCUUAGCAGCUCCUAUAUACAGCACAUAGUUUAAACCUUCAUUCACUAUUUAAGUAGCCACUAACAGAGACUUUAUUCAGAGCACUUGCUUUUUAUAUAAGGAAAUGCACAGUAAGGCACACUUCACCUAUCACACGUAGAACAUUCUAAAGACAGGGUGUUUUUUUUAAAGCUGAUAUCAUCUCUACAUAGAGGAGAGAAAGUAUUCUAAGAAAUCACAUAUUGUUUUUUGAUAUUUAAAUGCCGUCACUUUCUUGGCCAAUGGGAAGCACUCUAGGAUCCAUGCUUAAUUGCCUGCAAUCCAUUAAAGAGUUUUUGUUUGAUUGCACCUGCAGGAACUGGAAAGUGCAGCACAGAUACAUAUAAUUAUACACAUUUACACCAUUUGGGAAUACAAUGCUUUGGUAAUAGAUAUAUAUUUUUUUGCCUAAAAAAACGCCUUUUAUUUAACAUCUGUUCCUGUUGUCGUACACAAAGUUACAAACCGUAUGCUGGAACAGAGAGCACAGCUGCAUCUCAAACGUAGCUAGGUUUAACCCAGAUCUAAUAAUAACUUGUAGAGAAAUAGGGGAUGGAUUUGUGUUGUAUAAUAACCUGUAGUGGGAAAUGGGGGCUGGAUCUGAGUGGUAUAAUAACCUGUAUUGGGAAAUGGGGGCUGGAUCUGAGUGGUAUAAUAACCUGUAUUGGGAAAUGGGGGCUGGAUCUAAGGGGUAUAAUAACCUCUAGUGGAAAAUAGGGGCUGGAUCUAAGGGGUAUAAUAACCUGUAGUGGAAAAUAGGGGCUGGAUCUAAGGGGUAUAAUAACCUGUAGUGGAAAAUAGGGGCUGGAUCUGAUUGAUGCAAAGUGCAAUCGUUUCUAUUACAAUUAACAAAUUAGCACUGUAUGUUUGAGAAUGUUUGGUUUUAAAAAAUGUGGCCUAGCAACCAUAUGUAUGAUAUGUACAGUUUUACUUUAUAAAGGUAAGUUUAUCCGAAUGUUCUAUCCUGCCUAUAAUCUGCUGGGUGCAAGGGUGUCCUACCGGAAUGAAUACCUAAUGAUAUUCAGACCUUAAAUAUCCCCCUUUGUUUUGUACAUUCAAACUCUGGUUCUUGUUUUACAUCACAUAUUUGCCAGUAGCCAUUUCUCUGCAGUCCUGCAGCCAGCCUAGGCAGUGAAAAAGAGGUUCAUCUUCUGUUUUAAUGUUGUGAUUUAACUUACGCAGCACUUUUUUUUCUUAACUUAUAAGAUCAUUGUGUUUUAUUAUUUUCAUAAAUGCCAUUUUGUAUACCAUG